CCUGCAGUCUGUGUAGAGGAACAAUCUCCCCAUACGUCGAGGACUACCAUCACAACAGCACGGUUCUCUAUUGCUACACAUGCUUUAUAUCGAGGAUAGACCCGCUGUCGACCAGCUGCGGCAAGAUGUACCACUCUGACCAUGGCGUAGACUUCCCUGACCUCUCAUUUCAAGUCCCUGGCAGCCCUGCUGAGCUAGACCCAGCAAACACAGUUUGAAAACAGUCCUCUACAUAUCUCCCUUCCCCUUCACCUACACGGGCCCUCCCUUCUCCUUGACCAUGGACAGCCCUCCUAAGCUUUCAGGAGAGACCCUGAUUGUGCAUCACAUCCCCCUGGUGCACUGCCAAGUGUCAGGUGGGCGGAAGGGUGGCUGCGGGAUCCUGAAGAGGAGCAACCCUUUUAGCCAACCAGAGAACCUGGGUUUAAGUCGCACCACUUCCCUCCCAGAGAGAGACGUCCUUCAGAGAGAGGCUCUUCUCUACAGCAGCCUGAUCCAGACUUCCAACAGCCCCUGUUCCUCCAACAACGGAGGGAGAGAGAGAAAGGGUGGAGGGAGAGGAGGCAGCACUGCCAGUGAUGAUUCAUCGUUUACCUCGAGUAACUCAGAGGACCAGCUGAUCACUGCUCACACUUUGCCCCGAGCCAAACCGAGGAAUAGGAAUCCUUUACGUCACAAUCCAUUCCUGCUAAACACGGAGGACGACGAACAGGAAGAAGAGGAUGAUGAUGGGGACAACCUAAAUGGUUACCUUGAAGACUCUUCUUUUCACCUCCACAGCGACAUCAACUCUGGCCUCGAUGACGGGAUGGCUCCUUUCCACCUCCACGACCUUGGCUUUGCUCGUGAGCCCUUUCUUCUGCACAGCUCGGUGGGCGGAAGCAGUAGGGAGUGCCUGAGAGGUGUAGCAGCAGAUCUCUCAAACCACCUGGAGGACUUGAACAUCCUUGGCUUGGACAGCCAGCGUCGCCAUGGCAGCAGCGGUUCCAACAUGUCCAUGGAUUGUGGCGAACAGGACUGGGGCGAUGACGAUGAAGAAGAUGAAGAUCACCCUAUGAGGUGUGGGCGAAGCAGCAAGACAGGGUCCUACUCGUCCAGCUCCUCCACACAGCACUGCUCCUGCUGUGUGCUCUCCCAGAACUACCCUCAGCACUUCCCUGAGCCUUUUUCAGAGUGCCAGCAGGGAUAUGGCAGUGAUUCCUCCUGCAACAGCUCGGAUGGCGUGCUUGUAAACUUCAGCGCAAUCUACAACAAGAUGAACAAUGGCAUCCCGGACAAGACUAUCGUCCCUGGGCACACCAACCUCAACAGCUCCAUCGACCACUCCUGCACCUCAUCUGUUUCUGAUCCCCAUGGAAACCAACAAGACUCAACCAGAGGGGCCUUCUACUUCGACCUCCACACCUCCCCAUCCGAACCUCCACUAUUACAGCAACAGCCCUCCUGCAUUGACAGCACCUUCCGUCAAAUCCGAGAACCACACCUUUCCACAUCCUCCACCUGCUCCUGCGCUGUGGAGCACCAAGGGGCUCUUGACCUCGACGCCAACUGCAACUCCUACCACCCUCCACAUUCUGGUUCAUCUGGAGACAUAGCGUCCUGUCUGCAGAGCCAGGCACGCCUGGUUGUCGCCACCCAGAACUAUUACAAACUGGUGACCUGCGACCUAUCAUCCCAGUCAUCCCCGAGUCCUGCAGGCUCCUCGGUCAACAGCUGCUCCGACGAGCACAGCAAAGGCAGCCCAACCCCAACCCAGCCCAGCGAGUACUUCCUGUUCAGACAGCGAGCUGAUGAGGUGGGCGUUGAAGAAGAAGAAGACAGAGAAUCACCGAAGCGGGAUGAUGAUGUGGAUGGAGAGGAGGAGAAGGAGGAAGAUGAGGAGGAGGAGAAUGAUCAGCAGGCUGAAGCUGCUCCUGCAGUGAUAGAAGGCCAGGUUUACGUUAACGUCUCCCCUCCUGUGGUAACCAAGGGUGUUAUCGGAGGCGGAACCUCAUCAGGAGGCCGUCCCCGUUCUCGCAGCUACGACCGCAACCUGGACAAGUCUCCGUCUCCUCCGCUCGGGUCACUUGAGCGGAUGUUGAGCUGCCCUGUCAGGCUCAGCGAGAACGCCGCCCCAACCCCGCCUCCUCCUCCUCGAGUCACCUCCUUUGCAGAGAUCGCUAGGAGCAAGCGAAGAAACGGAGCAACAGGAGGGUCACCGUCGCAGAAAGCAGCCGCAGACCCCUUCUCCUCCACUUACUCCACCCACUCCCACUCCUCUGUGGAUUUUUCUCCAAUCCCCGAACAGCAUGCGGAGGUUAACAGUCUGAGCCUGUCACCUGUACCCUUCACCAGAUGUUACAGUCAUGGAAGCAUUGAGCGACACCUGGAGGGGGCAAGGGAGACCAGGGCCAAGGCUGAAGGUGGUCUGUCAAGUUCCUCAGACAGUCGCCCAGUGGUGGUCCGCUACAGAAAAGACCAGCGGCCCACCACCCUCCCCAUCCAGCCCUUCACCUUCCACCAUCAGUUUGCCUCCAAACCCCCGCAGCCCAAGCCCCUGCUGCCCAUCUUGACGGGCUACGUCUCUGGGAUGCAGGCUCACUCCAGCUCCGGCUCGGGGUCUGACUCUGGGGGUCAGACGGGGGAGGACAGUGAGGAUGCAGCUGAUAAUGUCAACAGAUACCAGGGGUCUCUCGCCACAGCAGGCCCUCCACCCUGUUCAGUUCGACCAUCGCCUCUUGGGAGCUACUCCCCGGUUCGGCACCAGGGUACGACCAGCUCUGGGACCUGCUCCACGUGCAGCCCGAGCCCCAAGCCGCCACACAGUCUCUCCUGCCCGCUUUCAGCAGAACUUGGCCCCCUCCACACCCCACCCUCAGGAAAGCAUGGAGGGGGUUCGGUACAGUUACCGUCUACCCCACCGCCUCCGUCUCUGGGGAUGAAGAGAGGGGUGGUGCCUCCAACUCUCCCAGUGGUGCAGGGACACUGUUUCCAUCCUGGAGCUUUGCCCAGUAUACCUGCUCUCCACAGUGACACUCUGAGUCCGCUUGGGUGUCUGAAUUCUGGAAAUCACAUGGAGGGAGGCAAAGGAUCUGGAGCAAGGACGCACAAUGCACAUCACCUCUCUCCCCAGGCGCUCAAAUGGAGAGAGUACCGUCGUAGAAACCCUCUGGGAGUGGAGAGGAGCUCCUCUUCUACAGGAUCAGGCUCCCUGUCUGGUAGUCUGGAACCUCGAAGGGGCGGGGGACCGAGACCUGCCCGACGGAACGUGUUCGAUUUCCCCUCAGCCCUCUCUGGGAACACGCUGGCACGGCUCAAUGUGAUGGGCCAAUCAGCUAAACUACAGCAGAGCUACAGCGACUUCCUGCCGGACUAUUUCUCCCUAACUGAGAAGCCUCCAGAGGAGUUCUGCCUUUCCCCUGACGCUUCAACCUCCUCCUCCUGUUCGUCAUCACAGUCACACAUCUCGGUGGACCUGACGCAGAAGAGAGGUUUGGUGAAAGCCGUGAACACAGCUGUGGAUCUGAUUGUGGCACACUUCAGCACCAGUCGAGACCCAGAUGUAAAGGCUAAACUGGGGAACAGUUGGGUGAGUCCUAACGUGGGUCACCUGAUCCUCAAGUACCUGUGCCCGGCCCUGCAUGAGGUGCUGCAGGACGGUCUGAAGGCCUACGUGCUGGACCUGAUCAUUGGCCAGCGGCGCUGUCAGCCCUGGAGCCUGGUGGAGGCCUCUACUCAGCUCGGCCCGUCCACACGUGUUCUCCACAGCCUGUUCUCUAAGGUGAGCCAGUUCUCUGAGCUCACGAGCCACAGCAUGAGACUCAACGCCUUCAUCUUCGGACUGCUCAAUCUAAAAUCUUUGGAGUUCUGGUUCAACCACCUCUACACACAUGAAGAUAUCAUAGCAGCACACUACAACCCUUGGGGUUUCCUCCCCCUGUCUCAGGGGGUGUGUCAGCCUCUCUUUGAGGAGCUCCUCCUCCUGCUGCAGCCCCUGUCACUCCUUCCCUUUGACCUGGACCUUCUGUUUGAACCUCACCUCCUCCAGAAGGGGCAGGAGCAACUCCGCCGCAAGGAGCAGCUGUGUUCCGCCGGCCAGAGUGUUGACCAAUCAGCACGCUCCACCUUCCAGCUCAUGAGGGGAUGGAGCACCACGGUGAGUGAGAUGGUCCGAGAUUCUAGCGCUGAGGUGAAGAAAGAGAGGGGGCUGCUGAGACGAGAGGGGACAUGGCCGAGGAUGGAAGGAGUAGGGUCCAGGAGAGAGGAGGUAGGAGUGAAUUCGAGGUUGAGAAAGGAUUGGGGGACAUCUGCGAGUAUGAACGCUGGGUGUGUGAGCAGACAAACAGCGACAGAUGUAGGACUUCUCUGGAAGGAGCAGGGAAUGGGGGGUCAGAGAUUGAAAGGCGUAGGACAAGAGAGCCAAGAAGGAGGUGAGGAUGGACAGGAUAAGGACAGGAGGAAGGAAAAAGAGAAGGAGACGGCAGGGGAGGGGCGUCAGCGGCAGGACAGGCAGGCGGGCUGGUGGUAUCAGCUCAUGCAGUCCUCCCAGGUCUACAUCGACCAAUCAACAGAGGGCUCAAAGUUCGUCAAGACUGAAAAGAAGAAGAAGUCAUCGGAGAGACGACAAGGCCAGAUUCCACCCACCAGGGAGGGAGUAGUCGAGGGGGCGGAGUCAAGCCAAGAAGGGGAGGGGUUCCGAAUCAGGAAGAGCAGCAGCAGCUCUAGUGGGGACUCUGCAGGAUCCAGGGGGAGGACGUCAUGGAUGGGGAGUCCUCCAGAGUCUGUACUCAACCACGAGAAAGAGACUAAACCGCAGGUGGGACUCACAGGGGGCGACGCCCCUGCUGCCACUUCAGAGGAGAGCCCUUCACAGGGACAGGGUCUGCGCUGGGGGAGACUAUUCGGUUCCAGCGUUGGUUCUCCUUCCAGGGGGGAGGGAGCUGAUCAGAGGGCGAAAUCUCAAACAACAAGGCCACCGUCAGGCUGGCUCUCGCUGGACAGAUCUGUUCUCAACCUCGUAGCUCAGACUAUUGGAGCAGGAAGUGGAAAAAAGACAGAAACUUCAGCCGUGCCCACCCACACCCAAAACACACCUCCACCAAGGUCAGCUCAGCCAGCUGAAACCAAACAUCAGUCUCCAUGUGAAGUUCGAGCUUUGUGCCACCACAUAGCAAUGGAGCCCGGCCAGCUUAGCUUCAACAAGGGCGACGUCCUGCAGGUCCUGAGUAAGGCUGAUCCAGACUGGCUGUUGUGCUCUUUGGGCUCCACACAGGGUCUGGUUCCCAUCAUCUAUGUGACCCUCAGCAGUCUGGAGGAGAGCCAGGAGGCUGCUGGACUCGAGCACUGCUGAGCCACAGCUGUCCGAAGAAUAUGCACACAAGGGAGGAUUCCUGAAAAAACAAUGUAGGAAAUCUGACGGUUUUGAAGAGAAUGUACAGACACAUGCAAGGGAAGCAUGCAGGCUCAAACACAGACUAACAUCCACAACAAAGGAACAUCCAAACACGUAUGCAUGCAUACAUCCAAAAGCCAAAAGCCCAGACCAGAAACCAACCCAAAGACACUCCAACACACAUGAAGCUGUGUGCUAGCUUAAUUCUGUGACUUUCCAGGCUAUAUAUCAUCAAUCUCUGCUUCAGCUGAAAAAAAGAGAGGAUACUCAUUAAGGAAAUCUUCAAAAUAAGAUACAGUAUAUGCCAUGCCUAGCUGCACUUUGCUUUACCGUCUGAACAUUCACCUAGCUGUGCCAGUGUCUGAUCACAGUGCUCAGUUGUUGCUCCCACAUUAAACCUGGGGUCAGUUUGACUUAAGGUGAAUUUGUUUUUGGAUGGAUUUUUUAAACAAGAUUUAAGGUGGGCGAUGUAACAGCAUAGUCUAUAAACUUUUAGAUGCCUGCUCCAGUUUUCCAAAGUAUGACGAUAUCAGCAUAUUUUUAUUAUUAACAGAAGAGUAUAAAAACAACACAGGAUUAGAAGACUGUUCAAACCAAAUUCAAGAAUGCAAAAUAAUGAGUUUAUAUCUUCUCAUUCCAAUUUGAAUCAAUUCAGAUCGAUUUAAAGUCUGUUUAUAUGGAGACAAAGAUGGACAAACUGAUUUGCACACUUCUUUCCCUCCCUGCCCUCACAGGACCCCAAACAACUGGAACGGAUCAAAUCACCAUGCUCACAUGGCGGCGCUUUUCCUCUGUCAGGAUGGGAAGCUGAUAUGCUAGUAUCUUAAUGUCUUGUUCUUAUUUAAAAUCAUUUAAAAGUUAUAUAUCUUAUAAACUAUUACCGGUUUUCUGCUUCCUCAAUAAACAGCUACUAAAAGACAAUAGAUAGUGGCACAUUACCAGUCAAAACUACAUAUAUUAAAACCCAUUGUAUGACGCCGGUUAGAUGAAAGCUAAAAUUAGCAUUUAGCACAUUCCUAGCUAGCAUUACUGUUAGCUAGAAUUUGUGUCCAUAAUUCUAUCAAACAAUAGUUUGGGCUAGGAAUUGGUUGAAUGUUUACAAGCUACCUGUAGCAACUAAAAGGAAAGGGUUAGUAUCCGGGGGUACUGCACCUAAUUUUUAAAUGUAAACAACACAUUUGUGAGCUCAGUAGCUAGCAUGUGUUGGACAACUGCUUCCAUUAGCAUUCAAAUAAGUCCUUGCUAACAUAACUGUGGGCUACUAUUAAACUGCUGAAAGAUUAAGUUUUAUCUUCAAUUAUGUCUUUUUAGUUUAGACAAUUAACUUACUUAUACAUCGAUGGUCAGUCAAUUCCAAGCUAACACGGCGGUCAACUUGGAAUUAUCGUGUUAUACUAAAAACGAGUGAUGUCAGCCAGAAACUGAUCGCAGGCUUACAUUAGCUCUUGUCUUACUGUAGUGAAUGACUUCUUAUGUGUCUUUUCACCUUGAAAUAUGGCAAAUUAUCCUUCAGAUUUUAAAUCUACUUUUUGGUAAGUGAUUAAUCAAGAAGAAGUGGAUCGAUAAAGAUUUGUAACCUGCUAUACAGCAUUUGAGCUGCCCGCCCUGAGUGUGAUAUCUGAGGAUAAUGGCCGCCUUGUGAAAAUGGUGAACGGUAUAAACUGUUUGAAGUGCAUGUGAAGUUGAUCAAAUUGUUUAUUUUUCCCUCCCAUCCUGUUUCCCCCGGUCAUUUAAAGUACACUUCACAUUGCUUUUGAAGAGGACACACUUGAAUGAGUGGCUGUACAUGUGCAUUUGAUCUAUUGGUACUUCAUGUAAAUGCAUAGGCCUAUAUGACUUACAGUAACCAUGUGCUGGGUUUUAUUCAUUUAUUGACCGGUCCAUCAUAUUGGACAGUUACAGAAAACAGGGAUGACCGAUGAAAGCAAAACGUAGCUGUGGAGACACAUGGAGGCUCUUUGUGAAUGUGUUGGAAACUCAAAGCUUAACAUUUUUUGUGAAUUAAUUAUUGCCUUUGCCUAAAAGUGCUUUGAGGAAAAAAGGGAGACAGGCCCUGUUCAAAACUUUGAAGCCUGCGAUCUAAUGUUUGUCCUGAUGUCAUAUCUUCUAUUUGCUCUGAGUCUUUCUUGAAAAGUUCCAGAAAUGUAUGUUUGCAGAGAUUCUUUAAACAAAGUGAAGAAAUAUAGACGAUUAUAGAAGUGAUAUUUUUGAUGAUAAAAGGGAAACCCUCGACACAUUUUGUGUUAACAGCUCCUGUGUUAGCAUGUUCAUGCUAAAGCGGCCUUAGCUACAAAAUGAGUUGACCAGAAACUAAAAUCAUGGCUUUGGAGUUAUCCUGGAGAGAUGAUGAGAGUAUACAGAUGCCCUUUCUAAAUAUGAAACAUUAUAAAAAGGUAAAAAUGUAUCUUCAUUAAUUACAUAAAUGAAUGCUUGUGUAGUUUUUGAAAAACUUACAUAAUUAUACUGUUUUAGUUUUUUUUGUACAGUUUGUAUAGUCGUUUCAUUUCUGCAAACAAAAUGUAAAACUUCCUUUUCAUUGAAGUGUAAAUAUAUUUAAAUCCUUCAAUGAUUCAUUUCUGUCACAGAGGUUUAUGUAUGAAUGUUAUCUCUGAUUUGUUGAUGUAUUAUAUGUUAAAUAAAGGAAGCAGGUAUAAGCUGUAGUUUCAGUACUAAUGAAAAUAUGGCCGCAGUAGUGGAAGGAAUGAUGAUGUUUUGUUAUUGUAUUCAGUCCUCCACACAGUUUGCUCACCUUUGACAUCCUGAACAGUCCCUACAUAGGACACCCAUAUAAACAAAAUAAACAUACACAACAGAAAACACAAAGUACAGAUAAAACCAGGGGAAAAUGGAGGCUCAGAGGCAAAGGCAGAUUCACUUUUGAUUUGUAGCAGUUGGUCAGCUUAAAUGAUGUGCUUUAAAAUGCUUCACUUGUAUAAGUGAAAAAAAUGGAGAUGAGCUCCUUCCUCCUCCAGCUGCCUCUUCCUGCCUGUAAAUACUUUCAGCAUCAGUGACACUGCUCUUCUCUCUGCGUCCUGGCUAUAUGACUUAAAUGUAUGACAUUACCAAACUGCUAUGGAUGUUGAAUAACAAAGUCCUCAUGUGAUCACAAACUAAAAA